CAUGGUUAGAAGAAGAACUGAUCCUAAUGUGGUUGAGACGUCGACACUAGAUAAAGAAACAGCCUUGUCUGACUUAAAGUCGUUAAUGAGCAAUAUUUUUAUGGAUGCUCAAAGACCCAAUGCCAAUCUUCGUGCCGAUGCUAUCAAAUUGCGCGAUCUUCAAGUUGCUUGUUGUCUGAACUCGCCUCGACUGAUUGGACAGCCUGAAGACAUUGAUGCACAAGGCGAAGCACAAUUUCAGAAACUGUUUAAUAAGAUGGUCAAUGUGAUCCUUCCUAUCAAAAAGAAUGAACCUACUGCUGAUCGAGUUCAACGAUUCAUUGCUGGCUUUUUGCAAUACAUUCAAUCAAAAGAUGAGGAAGCUAAAUCCAAAGCAAAAGAAGGAGCAGAUAAGGUUCAACUAACAUCGAGUACGGAUCAAGAGGAAGACGAAAGAAUGACAGAAGCUUCUGCAUCAGAUAACAAAGAAGAGGAAGAGGAGGGUGAUUACGAGACAGUCACUUCUCGGUUUGUCGACAGCCUUUUGCGUCAUUUGUUUAAAGGGUUUUCCGAUGCCAAAGUAGUCGUUCGUACUCGUUGCUGUCAGAUCAUUGCCCUGAGUAUCAGUUCAAUGGGUGAAUUAGAUGAAGACUUGUAUCAAGAUUUAAAAUCCCAUUUAUUUGAAGGUCAUUUAGAUAAAGAUGCCAGCGUAAGAGCACAAGCAGUAACUGCCUUAUGUCGAUUACAGAGUGAUACAGAACCCAAUGCUUCUGAUGAACAGACAAUCCAUGAUAAAUUGAUGUGGAGUAUGCGACGAGAUACCAGCGCUGAAGUACGUCGUUUAGUUUUGUUUAAUAUCGAUGUUACACCUGAAACAAUACCAUACCUUGUCCAGUGUAUACGUGAUCCAGACGACACCAAUAGACGUGUUGUCUAUCUCAAGCCAUUAUCCGAUAUUCCUGACUUUAAGAUGCUCAGUUUCGAGCAAAGACAUGACAUAUUAAAAUGGGGAUUGAACGAUAGAAUAGAACUUGUACGCAAAGCAGCUCUCAAACUGUUCUCUGAAAAAUGGAUUGUCCAUGCUAAUAACAACUUGAUUGAAUUCUUGGAGCGAUUAGAAGCUACUAAAUCUAUUCUAUCACCACUUGUAGAAAAGCUGUUGAAAGAGUUUUUUAAAGAGAGAAUGGACAUUGUAAAUGAUAUUGUAUUUGAUGAGGAAUUCUGGCAUAAUUUGUCUGGUGAAAGUGCUUUAUUAGCCAAGAUAGUGAUUGAAUUCUUACAGAGUAAAGAUGAUACAGACGAAAGAUUAGAUGUCAUUUUGCCUGAAGUAACAAGACAUGUAUUUAACCUUGAAAACUAUUACAACCUGUAUCGUGCCAAUGUCAAUGCAGAAGAUGCUGCUUCUACCAACUAUGAGUUUAUCCUGACACAGUUAUUGGAUAUUUCACUCUGUUUAGACUAUGCUGAUGAAGUAGGCAGACGCAAAAUGUUUGAAUUCCUAAGAGAAGUUCUUAAAUCACAAGAAUUGAUUGAUGAUCACCUUGAAAGAAUUGUAAAGGUGUUCCGAAUGAUUUCAAUUGAUGAACGUGAUUUUACAAGAUCGAUUAUUGAAAUUGUGUCCGACAUUCAAGAAGAAGAAGAAGAAGCCAUGGCUUCUUUAGCUGAUUUAGACGAGACACCUACCAAAAGGGCUCGAGUAGAAGACAACACAGAGCAUGAAGAACCAAGUCAAGGAUCAGACCAACAUAUUGAAAACCUUGUUGUGCGGUUUAGAUGCCUUAGUAUCUGUAAACGCAUGCUUGAAAAUAGUUAUGAAACAUUAACAGAAAACUCAAGUUUAUAUGGUCUAUUGAAUGAUUUGAUUGUACCAGCAGUUCAAAGUGGAGAUCAUUUGUUUCGUGAAGAAGGUUUACAUUGCCUUGGUCUAUGCUGUAUGCUUGAUAAACACCUUGCACAGCACAACAUUAAACUAUUCAUUACGUGUAUUAAACAUGGCCAUGAAGACCUUGUUAAAAAGGCUAUUAAAGUCUUUGGUGAUAUAUUGCUGAUGUAUGGUGUGGAAACCAUGACUGAAUAUCUAUCAAGUUCUGAAGAUAUCCAUCAAGUGUUUGAAUUUGGCUUAGACCAUGACAAUACAGAAAUUCAAUCAUUUACAACACAAGCACUCUGUAAACUUAUGCUGUUUAAUCGAUUUGAAGAUGAUGAAUUACUAGGUUUAAUGAUCUUGUUGUAUUUCUUCCCCAAGACAGAAGUAGAUGAAGCCUGCAAUACGAUUCAUCAAUGCCUGGCUUAUUUCUUUCCAGUCUAUUGCUAUUCGUCCCCUGCACACCAAAAAUCACUUUCCAAUAUCACAUUAUCCUCGAUCAAAGAACUUUGUCGUGUACAUGCUGAUUUGGCUCAAGAUGAGACGAUGGUAGAUCCCAAAACCAUCACAGAAAUGCUUGCUGAUUGGAAUGAUCCUGAAAAACUUCAAACUGCAAGAUCAAAAGAUCCUAAUUAUAUUGAAGGCGAUGAUGAGGCAAUAUUCCAAGUCUCUGGUGGAUUAGCCAUUGAAACACUCGAGUUGAUUUAUGCCGAGAAAGAAAGCGAAUUAAGAAAGAUAUUGUGCCACUUUUUACUCAGAUUGAGACUAGAAAAACUUUCGAAUGAACAAAUGAAGACCAUACAAGCGAUGAUUCACGAGAUCGAUCAGAAAAAACCAAUUAAAAAUACACUUGUAAGAAGAGCAGUGAUGAAAAUAGCUGAUGCAUUCGAACAGCUUGAUGAAGAACCACAACAAGCAUAAAUAAAGAAAAAAAAAGAAAAGUGAUUUCAUUUGGGUGGCGCUUUUUUUUUGUGACAGCUAAAAUUUUUUUUCUUUUUUGAUUUAUCACCCUAAAAGUUUUUUCUUUAUC